CAUUGUUGCCCAAUUAUCACCCAUUAUAAAUAGCAGAGCAGAGUUAGUACUCUUCACCUAGACUAUGGAGGAAAACUCCAAGGGGAAAGUGAAAGAACAGCACAAAAGUUCCGUGAGAUACAGAGGUGUCAGAAGGAGGCCAUGGGGAAAAUUUGCAGCAGAGAUUCGUGAUUCAAAUAGACAAGGUGUCCGCAUGUGGCUUGGGACUUUUACCACAGCAGAGGAGGCAGCAAGAGCAUAUGAUCAAGCUGCAUAUGCAAUGAGGGGUGGAUUAGCCAUUCUCAACUUCCCUGAGGACUAUGGUUUAUCAAAUGCCUCUUCUCGGCCCCACUUCUCAUCGUCUUCCUCACCAUUGCCAUUGAUUAAGUUUGAGAGCCCGGACAACGAUACAGUCACAAACCAAAACCAAGUUUUUGAAUUUGAAUAUUUAGAUGACAAGGUGUUAGAGGACCUUCUUGAGUGUGAGGAGAAGGAAACAACCCAGAAAAGAGCAAAACAUUAGAUUUUUUUACUCUCCUCUUACCUUGCUUAUAAAUAUGAUCCUUUUUCCUCUGUCUUCCAUGUUUGGCAAAGGAGACAAAGGAAUAGGUUCUUCCUCAACGUAUUUGUUUUUCAUUUCCUUGUAUUUAACUCCUUGGGAUGAUUGGUUGAUCAUGUGCAUCUUAAUAUAAG